AUGGAAGAAACACAGAAAGGAACGCGCAUAGGGCCGCUGCCUGGGGGUCGCAGGGGCGCGUCUGGAGCUGGCGCUGGACGCGGCAGCAUGCGGGCCGCCAGACGAGUGCGAGGAGCUGCACGAUCACCUAGCAUCCCCUCGCUUCCAUCAUCCCCACCAGAAGGCUUGGUGUCGGCUGGGUCUUCUCGGACCCAGCAAGCGGCACCCGCCGCUGGUGGAGCACGUCGCAUGCGUUGGACAAAAUCCAUGAACGAAAACGCAUUGCGGGCGUACUAUAGGGCGAAAGGGGAAGAAACUGUGGGAAUAGCGUAUAGAUCUCAGAUGCAUUGCUUUUUUGCUGAGCUGGAGCCGUCUAUCCCCGUCACGGAACAAAACCUGGCAGAACCUUCGGCACAUCAUGCGCUCGAAAAUAUUUGA